CUGUUUUCUGUAAACGUAGACUACUGGAUUUACGAAAGUAAAGCGGAAAUACGGUCUCGAAGGUUUUUGUUUUAUUUCGGUUAGGUACUUGACAGCUAUAACUGCAGCAACUAAUUUACCAUAGUAUUGACUCUUUUCAUUUCAGUCAUCUAUCUUGUGUUCGAUCAGAUCAAAGAUCUCUUUCUCUUUCCUUCCUUCCAUCUUCGCGCUCAGCUUGUCCACACAGCAGGAGACGUCAUGUCACGAUUAUUGGAUGAAAUAAGGCGCAGCAACAAAACAGCCGCUGACGUGUUGGAAAAGGCAGACUUACGCACUGACGCUGACAUCCAGUCACUGACUCGAGAAGAACUGCACGAACUGUUUCCUGAAAAUAAGAAUUUCAAACUGAGAAGGACCAUCUUUGACAUAAUACAUAAACAGAAGCCAAUUGAUGUGAUCCUAAGAGAACUGAAAGAGUUCAUCCCACAUGAAUCUUUCAGGACUGCUCUAACCAACAACGGGGUCUUGGUUGAUUACCUCCAUAUCAUGAAGGAUAUUAAGACCCAAAUAAAUAAUGUCCAAAAUGUCCUUGAUGCUCACAUCGCUAUUCUGGAAGAAUUCAGCAAAAAUCCACCAGAUCAGGAACCAGUCUCCUGUAAUCCUGUGAAGCUCCCCAAUGGCCAGCCUGAUGGCCGUUCACAAGGAGCACGAGGUACAGGUACCUCGGACACCAGUGGUCAAUUGAUGCUCCAUACUGGCCAAACUGGUGGCCAUCUACAAGUUCCUCAAAACACAUUGGAGUACAAGGUGAUUGUUGGCGGUAAAACCUUUGGUGCACAUCGACAGCUGAUGGAGAAAGUUCGGGAUCAAGUUCAGGAUCAGGUUCAGCUCAUUGAAAGCAGUCAGGAUUACAAGCUCACUUUUGUCUUCUGCCCGAUCUGUUCACGCGUUGCAUCAGAUAUUGAGGCAGCCAUGACUUAUGUUACAGAUGAUAAACCUGUCAUUCUGGUGUUGAUGCACCACGCACGGGAGGUCAGGUACACAACAUCUAUGAGAACAUGGUCUGACCACGCUAACGUUGUGUUGCAUGUCAACGUUUUCUACCAUGAGACAGUGCAUGGAUUACUGAAGGAUCAACAAAAUGAUGCUGCUGUUACCCAGAUACAAAACAAAUUACUGGAGUGUUUUGUUCCAAAAAGUGAAUAUUCCAGUGGAAAUGCUCAGGGUGGGUAUGCUGCAAGUGGUUUGACUUGUAGUACUUCUGUUAGAGGUGGUGGUAACAACAGGGCUUCUGAAACUGACGGUUAUAGCGGUGUUAGUACACAAAAAGGUGGUAAAUCUCGUUGGUGGCAAUUGAGUUGAAUGUGAUGUGAAUUGAAGUUCACAUCACAAGUAAAACAAUAUUUAAUGGAUUGCAUCAACAGCAAAAAUAAAUCAAUAAAAAAAUAUAGAUUUAGACCAUUUACUGUUUGCAGAAAACAUGUAAUCCUCCUUGGUAAAAUAAGAUAAUGUAAGAUAAGAUAUACUUUAUUGUCCCCAGAGGGAAAUUUGUUUUGGACUCUGUUCCGCAGCUUUACAAAAACAACACAAAAUACAGAAAUAAGCAUCUCUCAACACUAAAUAAGAUCAGCUACUGAUUGUGGUCUAAUGGUGUCAUGUAUUCAUGUUAAUCAUGGGUGUAAAUACUGUAGCUAAACACAGUUCUCUGUCCAUUUCCUGCUAUUGUGUUUCUAAAGCUACAUCAUGUGACUUGUGGUUUGGUAACUGUUGAUGCAAAAAGUCAACACUUAAAAAAACUUUGACUUAUUUAAAAUGAGUCAUACUUUAUACUGUAGAUGUGCUGUAGAAAAGAAAAAUGUUGACUUGAGUAUUUGAGCUGUUGUUAACCAUUAGACAUUUUGGAGAGUAAGUUCAAAUGUGACCAUAUAAUAAAACAGAAUUUCUAUAAUCAAAUGUCCAGUGUUCAGUUCUCCAGCUGCGACUGUUGUUUGUGUAUACUAGUAAGACUUGAAUGUAUGUUAAAAUAAAGAAUAAACAUUAAGAAUUUUUUUUGCAUUAAAGCAUGAAUGUGCAUUUUUGCUUUACCUUAUUGCAAAAUCAUGUUGCAGGAAGCGUAUGUAAGAUGUGAUGAUUACUAUACCUAACACUUACAUGUAACAAUAAACUGCAAGUAUGGGUGUAA